AUGAGAGGGAGUGAGCGGGCGGCGGUGUCAGCGUCAACGUCGGGGAUGAGCUGCAACGGGUGCCGCGUGCUGCGCAAGGGGUGCAACGAGGCCUGCGUGCUGCGCCCGUGCCUGCUCUGGAUCGAGGCAGCCGACGCGCAGGGCCACGCCACCCUCUUCGCCGCCAAGUUCUUCGGCCGCGCCGGCCUCAUGUCCUUCCUCACCGCUGUCCCCGAGCAGCAGCGCCCAGCCGUGUUCCAGUCGCUGCUGUACGAGGCGGCGGGGCGAACGAUCAACCCGGUGAGCGGCGCGGUGGGGCUGCUCUGGGCGGGAAGCUGGCACCUGUGCGAGGCGGCGGUCCAGACCGUGCUCCGGGGCGGCGCCAUCCGCCCGCUGCCGGAGCUCGCGGGCGGCGUCCCGGAAGGCGGAGUCGGUGGAAGCGAUCUGUUCGCCUCCUCUUCCAGGCGGGCCGUGGUGGGGUGCUCCACGUAUUCGGCGGCGAAGCGGGUGACGCCGAGGAAGACAUGGGCGCCGGAGGCAGCGUCCCACCACCAGGAGCCCUCGUGCGACCUGGGGCUUUUCCUCACCCCCGGAUCGGCCGCGGCGGCGGAGGGGGAGCGACGGGCGAGGCGGGCCGGCACGCCGUCGAUGAGCUCCGACGGCUCCGUGACCACGAGCGCUGGCGCAGGCGCCGGCGGCGAGAAGGAGCCGGAGCUGCUGAAUCUUUUUGUUUAA